UUGUUGUGAUGGUGGGGGUUUCUUAGAUAACAAAACGACACAGUAUCCUGUGCAAAUUAAUUUGGGUAGUUUAUAAUGAAUUCAACAUCAGUUUCAGCAACGUCAACAACAGCAACGUCGAAUACAACCACAACAAUGGAUACAACAACAGCAACGCCGAAUACAACCACAACAAUGGGUGUAACAACAGCAACGUCGAAUAUAACCAUAACAAUGAGUGUAACAACAGCAGCGUCGAAUACAACCACAACAAUGGGUGCAACAACAACAGCGUCGAAUACAACCACAACAAUGAGUACAACAACAACUGCAGCAUCUGCAACAGCAAUUACAACGACAGGUAUCAUACUUAUCAGUGUACUUGGUAGCUAUGGGGUUGUGAUUCUUAUAGCGGGUAUCAUCAUGGUGGCUUGCUGCCAAAAGCGACGAGGGCACCAACUAGAAGGGGCAGGAACAAGACGUUUUGACGCGGACGCUUGGUUGGAAAGAAAGCUUCGAGGUUUAUCCGUGAAAAGUCAAAGAUCUCUUGCUGCAGCAGAUGACAACGGCCCGGAGCACGUGACAUUUGGGAAACAAAAGAAGCAGGGGUCAGAUCUUGGAGAGGAAAACAUAGGCGGCGCCACGGUUGAGAACUUCCGUAUGUCUUACGUUCCAUUAAGUGACGAGACAAAGAGUCCUGGUAAGCCCGAACAAGGUCAAUAUUACAAAUCGUUAUUAUGUCCAAAGCCCGAGGCAGGUUUUCGGAACCAAGCCUACGAGGACGUAGAUAUAAUUGGGGCACCGCCUGCUCGAGGAGAGGGAGAUGAAGGGAUAGAAAAAGAAAUUAAGACAGACAAAAUGAAUGCUUCCAUCAAAAUCAAUCAAGGCCGUGACUCGCACAUUUUGGAAAAUGGUAAAGAGUCAAAAGACAGUGAAACGUCCAAUGUGGACAAUAUAGACCAGCUGUAUGCUCAUCCUGUUAAAAAAUCAAAAUCCAAGAAACUUCACGAAUCGCCCAUGGAUGAUCCAGCCCACGCGACCGUAGAAGACAGACAUGCAGAGGCAAGUGAACAAGCAUACGAGAAUACUGAAUUAGGCGUAAUGAACCCCAGCCCUGGGAGAAAUGAGGACGACACACGAGAGAAAAACCCAACCGCAGGCAACGGUUCAAAACCAGAACCGGAAAUGGACGAAGCACCAGAAGAAGUGAUCAUGCAAGAGAAUGAUCUGUAUGAAAUGACAGUGGUUGAAAACGGUAAAUGAUCUUCUGUGUGACAUUUGUUAUUACACACAAAGUGGUGAAGAGGCAUGCAAGAAGCAUAUUUCUAUUUAGGUUUCACCCCAUUGAUAUUUUACGUGACAUUGAACCCUUUAUUAUUAUAUGUCAGUCUUGUCAAUCGAUUUUAUUCAUUUAUCUUUUAUCAUUAUAUUACAUUGUUAUUAUUUACCAUGCUAUUAUCAUUCAUGUUGCUGUAAAUUGUUUGCUAAUUUUAAACAAUCAGUUGCUUUCAUUUUGCAGAAAAAGUCCAUUGAAUGUUAAAAGUGGUCAAAACAUAGCAUCUCUACUAUUUUGACUUUAUUGGUCCACUCGAGAACAUACUGUCAGUGGUCAUUAUAAACAAAGCAAAAAAUGUGCCUCUUAACUAUAUCAUUUUAUUUCAUUUUCGAAACUAACAUGCAACAGUUAAAGAGAGCUUUAAUACGAAAGUACAUACAAUUGUAGAUCUUAGCCUUAGGUUGUGGAACUACACGGUGCAUUAUUUGAAUCAAAUGUAAUUGCACAUUUUUAGAACGUUAAUUAAGCCCACCAAUAUGAGUGCAGAU